GGCUGUCAAGUUUUGCAAAACGUCAAUCAUGGCAAUAGCAAACUUCGCGUAAAAACACAAAUAAAAGUUACGUUUUUACUACUGGCAAAUUUUUCUAUCUCGCAAAAGUAAGAUGUCUGUGGAUGAGCUGAAUGGCUCCGAGCUUGGUACCAAAGAAUAUUGGGACAACAGCUACGACCGUGAAAUUAAAAACUACAAAAAUUAUGGCGAUGUUGGUGAAAUUUGGUUUGAUGAGGACUCCCAGGUUCGCGUCAUAAACUGGAUAAUGAAGCAGGAUAAUUUAUCAACAGAUAUAAAGAUAAUUGACAUGGGAUGUGGCAAUGGCAUGCUUCUAAUUGAAUUGGCACGCGAGGGAUAUACCGACUUGCUUGGCGUAGAUUACUCUCCCAAUGCUAUUGAGUUGGCCAAACAAAUUGCCAAAGAUCAAGAAUUGAUCAUUCGUUACGAGGUCGCCGAUCUGCUAAAUAACGAACUUUUUCUGCAACAAAUAGACACUCCUUUCGGCAUUGUGCAUGACAAAGGUACUUAUGACGCUAUCAGCUUAUGCCCGAAAAAUCCAAAAGAAAAACGGGAGGCUUAUAUUCGUACAGUUCAUAGUAUUAUGGAUGAAAAAAGUGUUUUUAUUAUAACAUCGUGUAAUUGGACUGAAGAUGAACUCAUAAUUAGUUUUGUUGAUAAAUUUGUCAAGAAAUGUACAAUUCCCACACCCUCGUUUAAAUUUGGAGGCAAAGUUGGAAAUGUAGUCAGCUCCAUAGUUUUUACUAAGAAAAUAAGCUAAUAAAACUUGUCUGAAAUAAACUUUGUUAAUUAAGAACAUCUGAUGCAGAUACAUAAAUACUGUGCAUGGAAUCGCGUUUUCUUGCGUUAAUAUACAUAUAUUCCAUGGAUAAAUCUUUGGCAUAAGUUCAGAAUACGGCCCGUUAAGCUGGAACAAAACAAAAAAAGAGGGCGUGGACCGUCCUUUUUUCUAACUUACAUGGUAUAAAAAUUUUUAUGGCAAACAUAUUUUCGGGGUAAUGGUGGGGCGAAGGGGGAAUUUUCGAAAAUUUAAAAUGACCAUAUUUCGAAAAAUUCCUGACCGAAUUUGAAAAAAUGGGUAUCGUGAGAACGAGAGAGAGUUGCUAGUUCCUUGGUAAAAAAAGAAGGUAGUUUCCAUAAACAACUUCUUGACGGAUACUUAGAUCUUUGAAGCUUCAUAAUAGCCCUGUUCGCGUACGCACUAUCCAGU